AUGAAUAAUGCACGUGCAGAGCACACAGCAUCUGUAUUAAUAAAUGGAAAAGUGCUAGUUACUGGAGGACUUAAUAACCAAGGAUUUCUGAACAGCACUGAAUUGUACGACCCAUCAACUAGAGUUUGGAAAAUCACUGGUAGCAUGAAUGAAGCACGAGCUGAACAUAAAGCAUCCGUAUUGGCAAAUGGAAAAGUAUUGGUCACUGGUGGACGUAUUAAUGAAGAUGUUCUAAAUAGUACUGAGUUGUAUGAUCCAUCAACAAAUACUUGGACAACUACUGGUAAUAUGAAUGAUGCACGAGCUGAACACAUAGCAUCCAUAUUAACAAAUGGAAAAGUGUUAGUUGCCGGUGGAUAUAGUGAUUCUACUAGUUCGAACCGUUUACGUAGCGGUGAACUAUAUGAUCCAUCAACAGAGACUUGGACAACUACUGGUAGUAUGAAUUAUACGCGGAUUCUAUUCUCAGCGUCUUCAUUAACGGAUGGAAAGAUAUUAGUUACUGGUGGCGCGAAUUAUAAUUUUAAUCGAUAUAGUGCUGAGUUAUAUCAUUCAUUAACAGGAAUGUGGGCUAUCACUGGUAGCAUGAAUCAUCCUCGAUGGAAACAUACAUCAUCCGUAUUAAAAAAUGGAAACAUAUUAGUUACUGGUGGAUUCGACCAUUAUCCUCUUGAUACUGCUGAAUUGUAUGAUCCAUUAACAGAAACUUGGGCAAAUAUUGGUACGAUGAAUAGUCCACGAGGUGAUCAUACAGCGUCCGUAUUGAUGAAUGGAAAAGUACUAGUUACUGGAGGAAUUUAUGAUGGUGAAAUGUUGAAUAGUACAGAACUAUCUAAAUCGUUUCAAGCAGAUGAAGUUUAUUAA